GUUUGCUUUGUUGUGGUUUGGUUUACGUGUGUGAGAUGUGUGUUGUAAGUUGUGUGGUUGAUAAAGUGAGGGACGGACGGCGAACAGUUAAACUUGUAUGUAGUGAUGUGAGCGUACACAUAGCAUUUAUUUGCAAAACGUUUUAAUGAUCCGUCGUGUCCAGAGAUUUUGUUUUCUGUCAUUUUAAUUCAAAAUAUAGUGUACAGUGCAAAGAAACAAUGUAUCGGCCGCUAGAAUUGACUAUAGGGUUGUGUUUCGCUGCAACCAUUGCUGUCUCAUAUCUAGCUUCACAGUUCCUAAAAUCAUUAAUAGUCAUGGAUCAGCAAAGAUUAGAGCCGUCAGGUCUUUAUUUAACUUUAAGUGACAACUGGGUUACACGACUGAUGUUAAACAUUCUUGGGUAUGCCACAGUGUUUGUCCCUGGAUUUUUUAUUUUUAUGUAUGUAAAGAGGAGCAAACAUUUAGAACUAGAGGGUAAUAGUUGUGUAACGAGAUUAGUUAAAGUGUGCUUUCUUGGGCCAGAACCAUUACUAGGAGUAGAUAACAAACAGAGUGGUCAGUCGGCAUCGCAUGCACCUCAGCCACCACGCACCAUACUUCAAGAAACAUUAUUAAUUGUUUUCUGCUUCAUGGGACUUCAGACUACAUAUCUGACAUGGGGAAUUCUUCAAGAGAAGGUCAUGACUCAGGAAUAUGAAGCCAGUGAUGGUACCAAAGGACAUUUUACUGACUCCCAGUUUCUGGUAUUUGUCAACCGGAUACUAGCAUUCCUUUUGUCAGGCACAUAUAUACUUACAACAAAUCAAACACGCCAUGCAGCUCCAAUGUACAAAUAUGUAUACUGCUCAUUUUCUAAUAUAAUGAGUUCUUGGUGCCAAUACGAAGCCCUCAAAUAUGUCAGCUUCCCUACUCAGGUACUGGCCAAAGCUUCCAAAAUCAUUCCAGUUAUGAUAAUGGGAAAGAUUGUUUCCCGUGCAAAAUAUGAAUAUUAUGAGUAUGUCACAGCAUUCUUGAUAUCACUAGGCAUGACUUUCUUCCUAUUAGGAAGUUCAGACGAUAAAGGUACAACAGUUACUACAUUUUCUGGAAUUAUACUGUUAGCUUCAUAUAUGAUCUUUGAUAGCUUUACGUCAAACUGGCAAGGCUCUUUAUUUGCUCAAUAUAAUAUGAGUUCAGUACAGAUGAUGUGUGGUGUAAAUCUCUUCUCCUGCAUCUUCACUGGUGUAUCACUUUUUCAGCAGGGUGGAUUUAUCAAAUCUGUCAAUUUUAUGGCACAGUUUCCAAAAUUCAUAUUUGAUUGCCUGAUUCUAUCCGUUUGUUCAGCUGCUGGACAGCUUUUCAUUUUCUUCACAAUCUCUACAUUUGGACCUGUGAUAUUUGCAAUAAUUAUGACUAUUAGACAGGGCCUCGCCAUCUUGCUAUCAUGCAUAAUUUAUCAACAUCAUAUUACUGCUCUUGGCAUUAUUGGAGUAUUUGUAGUUUUUAUAUCAAUUUUUUUGCGAGUGUACUGCAAUCAGAGGUUACGUUCAAUUAGAAAGAAGACUCAAGUGGCUGCUGGGAUCAAGGUGUAGAAAUGGCCAUUAACUCAUUUUUCCAUUGCAUCCCAACUUCACUGAGGUUUAUUUUAUUUGUAAAAUUAGUCAUUGAAAUUAUGUAGCAACCAUUACUGAUGAUGUUCUGUAUUAUUUUGUAAGCCACAUUUUAGAAAUAUUCUUGGGUGGCAGAAUGAUAGUUAGGCUCAGUUUGUGUAACAAAGUAGCACAGAUUAAGCUAACUAAUGGAAAUAGUAAUGAUGGAUUGAAUCACUCUUUUUGAUAAGUGGAGCAAAGAUGGUGACAUUGCUGUGAUUAAGAGAGAGGAAAAAGAUGUUGAGUUUAUCACUACCUUUUCUUCUCUUCCAUUUGUAAUUAGUUGUUGUCGACGAGACAUUAAACCCUAACAGAAAAGACAAAUUAAUAACAGCCUUCUUUUAAACAAAAAGGCUAUUGAUAUUUGAGGCCAAUAAUUAUUUUGUAUCUGAUGUAAAAUAAUGAUAGUAAUUUAAAUGACCAGUCAGUAAGUGCUGGAAUGCAGAGUUUUAUCUGAAUUACUCUUGUGUUGUAACAAAACUCAGUAUACUGUUUUUGGAUAUGCCAAGAAUAAACUUAUACUGAAUUUUAGCUAUGCAAAAUCAUCUACAAUAUAUCUUCCCACUUUCUAUGUGUUUUUGAGUUUAUGGAUGUUUACAAUCAGAACACGUUUAUUUUUGUCCUCAUUCGCCACUGUUUUGUCCAUGUGGUUUAUAUAUGUCAAUGACACUAACUAAAAUGCUGCAGAUCUCAAAUAACCUAACAAUUCCAUCAGCAUGUUUGUGUUAAAGUUAAAAUGAUCUUCUACAAACUACUAUGCUGCAUUAAAGUCAGUGUUUGAGACAGAGCAUACUGUUUCCUACAACAGUAAAUAUGCUAACAUUCCACUGAGUCUGAGUGGAAAUGCUCUUAUUUCCAUCUGUCAAAAUAGUUGUGUGAAGCUUUCACCUAGCAGAUUCACUACCACAGACUGUACAGUGUCAUAAUUACAUUGGCUACUGAUUCAGGAAAUGAUUCUUGAACAUACUCACAUUGAAUGGUAUAAACCCAGAAGUAGAUAAUUCACAUACCUGUAAGUUGCUUGAAUGAAUGUCCAUGUAGUCUUAGUGAAUAGUUCCUGAAUAUACUUCAGUUUUAAAAUGGCAGCAUAUUUUGGAAAUAGACAAUGGAUUUCUUUUUUUUUUUUUGGGGGGGGGGGGGGGGGGCAUAAAUCAAAAUGCCACAUGUAAUUAAUGCAUGUCAAUGGAGUGUUCCCUCUCUGAGCCAUUCUCAUUGAAAUUAAUGUAAACCCAUAAAUCAUCCAUCCAUUAAUUAAAAACUUUUCUGAACUGCAAAUUGAGUCAUUGUGACUCAUAAUAACAAUAUAAAGUUACAUUUUGGUGAACCGUGCACAGAGGUGUACAGUCCAUUCAUAUACUGACACUUACAUAUUACACAUUAUAAUUCAGAAAUAAAUGGAUACUUUCAACACUAAUUGUAUUUCACCUUUUAUUUUGUUUUUAAUGCAGUCAGAAAUUCUGAAAAUUAAGAAAACUAACUCAUUAUUCAAUAAAUUUUCCAAGUUACUUUGUGUAUUGAUGAACUCUUUUACAUGAAUGAGACAAUGUACAUAAUUUUAAAUACCAUUAGCAUUCUAAGCUCUGGUGCUGCAUUAUGAAGCUGUUGCCUAGCAAACCCUUCAUCGUAAAUGUACGUGUGGAAUGCGAUUAGCUUCAGUUCGCUUGCUGCAUGCCAUCCAUUGGAAUUGCAACAAAUGGGCACCAUUCCACAGAGCUUGCCAGUACUUUUACUACAUGAUGCCAAACCCAUAAAGCUUAGCUUGAAAUCAGUUAAGAAAAAUAAAAUGUGAAUGAUAAUGUGUAGAGGAAAAUUGGAGAUGGUACAAUAUCAUGUCACAAACAGGUGACAGAGCAGUUACAUUCCCAGAGAGACUUUAUGCAUUGAAUUGCAUUGUAGUUACUUCCAAGCAGGAUGUCUAAGGCUUACUAGUGUAUACUUGUGGCUUCUGGCUUGAAGGUUCAUUAGGUCAGUAUUUUGUCAAAGAAAUCUAAAAUAAAUAAAGAAAAUACAAUUAUUAUGUAUCUGACUCUCUUCAGAAACCAAACUGUGCCAAUAGCCAUAUUUUAUUAAGAACUAUUAAGAUAUUGUAUAAAAAUGACACAGAAGGAUAUUUUAAUUGUAUUCAGAUAAUUUUUACAUGAUUAUUGUUUCCUUUCUCACAAGCCUUCUGGUUGACUUUAAUGUUUGCAGUCUCAGUCAGUCCCUCCCCCCACCCCCACCCACACACCCUAUUGUCAUUAACUGAAUGAUGAUAGUUCACAAACUUUCUUUUUGUAUGACUAAUAUUGGCAACCUGUUGAUUGGAUCAGUCUUCAGAGUGAUGAGCUGAUUGGUCAGUGACAUCUUUUACAUUUACAAUGGCAAUGUUCCUUAACCAUACCAGCUGCUGUUUAGCUUUAUAUUCUGUUUGUGGAAUUGCUUUACACAAAUGUUAGAUGGCCUUCCAUUUGCUUGUCAUCAACACUGCUAAAAUUUUAAGGAUGAGAAUAACAGUUUUACAUGUUCAAAUUUAGAUAUUUGCUUACUCAUUAACAUGUUUGUAAUAGAGUAAUGUGCUAGAAAACAGAUCUCAAAGGCAUUUAUAAUCUCAGUUUUUGGUGAUUAAAUGUAUAAAUAAAUUUUGAACAGUAGUGAGCAUGUGUUAAAAAAAAUUGCUGGUUUUCUGCAUAACUUUGGACUGUCUUCUAUAUCUGAUGAAUUUUUUAAGACUCCAUGGGAGUAAUAAAUUAUUGAAUAAUUUUAGAUGCUCCCAAAGCAAAGGAAUUAAAAAUAGCCUUAUCUCAUAAGCUUUACAAAACUGCAGUAUUAUUUGUAUGAUGUUGUUUGAUAAUACAUGACCUGUGCCAUUACCAAUUCCUCACUUUCCAUUAAUAUGCAUUGUAUUUAUCUUUUGUUGUAAAUGUUGAUACUUGGAUUUAUAUGGUCAUACAUUUGUAAGAUACUUAAUGAAGAAAGUGUGCUAUGCUGUUUUGUGUAUUGUUUAAUUCACCAAUUCUCCUGGAAUAUAUGUGGGAGUGUGAGUUCUAGAAAUGUGAAUUUAGUGUGUUCCGUAUGUAUUUAAUGUACACAUGCCAAACUAUUAUUCUAUCAACAGUCAUAAUUUUUUAAAUAGUGUGACAGACUUAGUAACUCCUUUGCCACUGAGUGGUAUUAACAAGAGGCUCUGUGUACAGAACUAAAAGUAUUUUAUUGGAAAUGAUGGAGACCAUGUUGUAAGACUUCAACUAAAAUAUGUGUUUUUGUAUGAAAUAACUGCAUACAUUACUGGAUUUCCCCUAUUACUGUCUUGUAGACAUUCCACCAUGGUGGUUUCCAAAUCCAGAGUUUACUAAAUAUUGCAGUGUGUGCUUUCCAGUGCCCUUUUAUAUAUGUUCACAAGGUUUCAGUGCACCAAAAACCACAAACACUGUAACAAAUUUGAAACCUUGCAGUGAGAAAGUUAGUUGGAACAUGAACAUUUGGAUAUUGGAAUGGGUAUUUAGAAAAUUAAAGAGAGUAUUAUAAAUUAUUCAAGGUUAAGAAUCACAUUAGAAAUUAUCCAGUUCCAUAAUUCCUGUGUGACACUAUUGUAGCUUAGUUCAUGUAGAAAACAAAGCACGAAGAAAUGAUGAAUAACAAUAUAUUAAGUGCUGGAACAUAUGCAGUGUUUCUCUAACCUGGAAUACGGAGACCACUGUGAAGAAAUAUUUAUAACCAUGUUAUAUUAAUGUGUUACAAACUUUUUAUUAUAUGUUUGAAAAACACACAGUUCUGCCCCAAUUUUUAUUGUAUAUUUUCUGAUUUUGUAAAAUGAAAUUUUGAUUUAAACCUC